CUUGGCGAGUAUGGCAGAUCAAGGUAUUAAAGGAAUUGCCACGGAUUAUACAGACUGGCCUGCAGACGUAUGCAAGUACUCUGUCGUUUUUGACGACAUUCUGGUUGUCGGCACGUACAUGUUGGAUGAAGCAACUAGGUUACGACAUGGAAAACUCGUUUUGUACGAUACACGGGAGAAGCAACUAAACCGAGUCUUUGUGAUGCACUGUGAUGCUAUUUUGGAUUUCAAAUGGUCACCUCUCGAUCCUUCCAUUUUAGCUGUUGCCCAUUCUACGGGUCAUAUCUCGUUUUAUCGCCAUCAAUUUCGUGCUGAACUUAUGUUUUUGCGAGGCAUCAAGGUGGCCGAUUCCAGUGUACUUAUGCUUGCGUUGGAUUUUUCAGACGAUGGCAGAGACCUUUCGAUUUCACUUUCCAACGGCGCUGUCCUUACAAUCGAUAUUUCUUCAGGAGCGAUCAAGAAUAAAUGGAAAGAACACCAAUAUGAAGCUUGGACGGUUCAUUAUUCCCGCGAUGAUAACAACAUGCUCUAUUCUGGUGGAGACGAUGCAGUGCUUAACUGCUAUGAUCAAAGAAUCCCUUCUUCCUGUGUGUGGAAGGAUAUUAAAACCCACCAGUCAGGGGUUGUCUCAGUUCUUUCUCGUCCUCCCUUCGGUCCGUAUAUAGCCACGGGUGAGUAUGGAGAUUCCAUGCAUACCUUAGACACAAGACGUAUUGGUCGACCUCUUACCAAUGCCAAUCUUGGUGGCGGCGUUUGGCGUUUAGAACACAUGUAUUCUAACGAUGAUUAUCAUCAAGUUUUAGGUGUCUUGAUGCAUCGCGGUGCCCAAAUUCUUCGCAUCGCGACGGACUUUUCUUCUAUAGAUGCUAGUAGCGGCAUCUUUGGUGACCAUCAGAGCAUGUGUUAUGGUGGUGAUUGGCGCCGUAGAGAUAACUUGGUUGCUACUUGCUCUUUUUACGAUAAACGUGUUUGUCUUUGGGAAGACGUAAACCACCCGUCCGUUUAAGCCAAGUUUUAUAUACGUGGUGUAUAUGUGUGUUUUAAUUAUUAUCGUUUGGUUCUUUGUUUUCGUUUUAUGAAAAAUCUAUAUGCUCCGGUCCGUAUGAUUAUAUAAAAAAGAAGAAAAAAACCGGUGUUGUCUCAGCCCUUUUGUUAAAUCCCUUUUUAUGUGCAUGUGUUGGGAUUAUCCUAUAGAAUAAGCUGUUGAUUUUCCUGUCUUGAUACUUAUGAUUUGUGAUUACCUUUAUGAUUGUUCUAUUCAUCCAAUUCCUGUCGGCCGCUUUUUUUAAAAUAACUAGUACAUUCGUUUUAUCUAUAAACAAGUGUGAUACCCCAAAACCGGUUUAUUCAUUCAAUUCAAUUCAUUGUUAGUAUUAAAUCUUUGUCUGAUUUCUCAAGAACUUAUAUAUCUCAUAGGAAGCACAGAAAAUCACUGUACAUGUAGGUAAAAAAAGAGAAAAACCUGGGUAUUUCUAAAUAGAUUCCUUGUCUACUUUAUCUUCUAAACGG